UGGCAUAUCAUCCUCCUUCCAAUUUCCGAGUUUUUGUUAGUGGGCUACAGCUUUCUCUGCACUUCUUGUCCUAGUCCAUCAUUUGAUUCACUCAUCCAUCAUCACAGUCGUCCACCCGUGAUUUAAUAUUAAUACCGUUGCUUCCGUUGUUGGUUCGGCAUUUCCACCCAGCCAGCCAGUUGUCUCGGAUGUACUGAUUUUCAACUUGUCUUUGUUGAUCAUCUUCGAGCCUAUAACUUAUUACACGCCGCCUUAAACAACACAUAUUUCCCAGACGUCGAGGAAUGUUCAACCGGUUUUGUCCUACCAAACGUAAUUCUAGACAAACCUCGCCAUAUCCAGGUCCCCUCCCGACUACAACAACAAUGUCGCCAGGCUCCGUGUCGACAAAAACAACGGCAAUCAAGAUGGUGAGACCCGUUCGGGGGAAAGUGCGACGGCGAAGUCCAAAGUCAAAGAUGAACGGUGCUGAUAAUUCGGAGGAUUCACAUUCUCACCAUUCGGAAAGCUCUGCCGACGAUGAGUCGCAUUCUUCACUGGUCUCGGUGAGAGUUGGCUUGUCGAAAUGUUGUGUCCAAGGAUCAUUAGCAUCACGGCGUUGGCAAAUGUUUCAGAUGGUUCUCCUCCAUUUCAUACCCGUGACAGCGCUAAUUGUUCAGAAUUCGACCCAGCUCUCAACUGUGGUGACGAAUUUGAGGGAAGCUGGGGAAACAAAGUUGCAGAUCGUGAUGGUAGCGGAGAUUGGAAAACUGUUGGCCGAGCUACAGCAGGAGCGUGCAGAGUUUGGAUUCUGUCUUUUCACCAACUCAACAAGUUCACAACUUCCCAGAGCUUACUUCCAAUCUACCAGCUCUGCAGCCAAUUCUCGAAAUUCUAGAAGUAGAGAAGGAAUCUUUUCCCCAUCCCAUGAUCCAGUCAGGGAAACCUUCUCUGUCCCACCAACCCCUCCAGAGGAAUUACUAAAUUCUGGUCGUGUUUCCACCUGCAGAACUAGCCUUUCCACCAGAUUCGAGAGGACGGAUAACAUUAUUCGAAAUUUGACCGACUAUGUCGCUACCUAUGUUCCAUCAGUCAUCUCGAUCAGCGCAAAGAGGGAAAGAAUGUUUCAACUUACAAGUGAGCUUAAAGGAGCGACCGAUGACACGACACUCGACGAAUUAAUUUGGUACAACGUCGCGAAUGAUGCUAUCCUCGAGCUGCUGAACCAAAGAAUUCGAAAAACCAAGUCAACUGGGGUGUGGAAGCCACUAAUUGCCUACAUGAACGUUAUUCGGGCGAUUGAGAACUAUUCGAUUUCAAUGGUUUACGGUCUCUAUUAUUUUGGGAAGGGAAGCUUGUCACAGAACUCGUACAAUAAAUAUGUCACGUACGACUCGUUGGCUGCUGAUUACUUGAAUUCCACAAAGAGCUAUUCCCCGGAAAUUAACUCCGCAUGGGAAAGAUACAUCGGACAAGCAUGGAGAUCAAAAGGUUUCGAGUCUGCAUUCCAGAGCCUUGAGGACAGAAGAGCUCUAAUCUAUAGAAAUUUAGCGUCUGAAUCUUCAAUCAAUGACACCGCAGCAAAGGUUUACUUUUCGAACAUGACGGAGUACAUUGAAGAGCUGAGAUCUUUCCAGACUCAACUUCGAGAAAUGAUCGAGGGCGAAGUUGUGGAAGAAAUUCGAUCUGCCACCGCAAAGCAAGCAGUUGCUGCCUUUCUUUUGACGAUUGUGCUAUCAAUUUCUCCGAUUUUAUUGAUUCUUAUCAGGAAGAUUACUGGAACGAUACAGAUGUAUUCUAUGGAUUUAUCCACGAAAACUGCAGCAUUGAGAAGGGAGAAACGGAGAUCAGAUAAACUUUUGAAUCAAAUGUUGCCUCUUGAGGUUAUUAAGCAGUUAAAAAAGAACAGACAAGUUCCGGCUGAAAAUUUUGAGUCCUGCACAAUUUAUUUUAGUGACAUCGUAAGCUUCACAAAGCUGUCCUCAUCCUCGUCACCCAUGGAGAUCAUCGUGAUGCUCAACAGCCUCUAUAAACUGUUUGACUCCAAAAUUGAGCUUUAUGAUGUGUAUAAAGUGGAGACGAUCGGAGAUGCGUAUAUGGUGGUCUCUGGAUUACCUCUCAGGAACGGAAAUAGACAUGCGGGCGAAAUAUGCACAAUGGCAUUGGACUUAAUCGCUGGAGUCCAGCAAUUCCAAAUUCCACAUCGACCCGGCGUUCCUCUGCAAAUUCGCGUAGGGAUCAAUAGCGGCCCAUGUGUUGCUGGAGUCGUUGGAACUACCAUGCCGCGUUACUGUCUGUUUGGGGACUCAAUCAAUGUCGCAAGUCGAAUGGAAAGUCAUGGCGAAGCAAUGAAAAUACAUGUUACACAAAAUACAAAAAUCAUUUUGGAUGAACUUGGCGAGUAUAUAUUAGAACCCAGAGGGAGCUUGGACAUCAAAGGGAAAGGGACGAUGUCAACUUACUGGCUGCUAGACAAAGUUGGUGGAUUGACAAAGAAGGAGGUUGAACUGAGCAUUCCAGGAUUUUUAAAGACAUCCAAAGAUAAUUUGCCAGAGUUUAUGCAUGACAUAUUUGGAAGUGGAAGCGAUGACAGCGAAGAAGGUUUAAAAGUACCACAUUUUGGAACUACAAAAAUACAACCAACGUUAGUCCAGCCAACGGCAUCAAGGGUCCCCAUCGGCUUGCGACACUAAAUUUUAUAGCUGCACUUUUUACUCUUUUUUUAGCUUAUAUAUGAAUAUAUGACUUCAAACUUGAUCUUGUUCACAUUUACUUAAUAUGAAGCAUUUUUUGCAUGGAGCACGUUUUUAUUGAUAUUGCAGUAUUGUUAAUUGAUAUUCUAUUUACACUGGUACAUACACUUCUAUAUACACGCUUGAGGAUACCUACUCACCAGCAACAUUUUUACUCGCACCGUAUUCACUUAAAUUUGUACAACUUUGAAUAAUAUUUCUUCAAUGUAGUUUUAGUGUUGUCAGUGUUUUUCAUGAAACUUGUAUUAUUCCAAUCAUCUCGUGAGGCAAAUAUUCAAUAAAGUUGGGCACAUCUUCCUCGUCUUA